CGUGACGAUUCUUUAUUUUUUUUUUUCCCGUUAGAACUCGAUUCCUUGGCGCUUUUCAAACCACACAAAACGCACGAAUAUUUAAUCACUUGCAUUCUUACAGGAAAAUUAACGUAAACAAUUUAGUACUUUUGUUUUCCCUUUCCUUAAUUAAUAUGUUAAUAAGACUGAAUUGUUCUUAUUCAGUUUUAAAGGGGGAAGUUAUGUAUAACAUUCGUUAAAAUAUGAUCUCAUUCAGGUAACUUAGCUUCUAUAAAUACCUGGCUUCGGUCAUCUUAGGUGAUCCAAGGUGGCAGUUUGGCGGAAUUGGAUUUCCUUUAAUUUUUUUUCCCAUGGCAAACCCGUUGAACGAAAGUGUGUGUCUGAUUAAAGACCUUAAACCUGGAUUAAAAAAUAUUAAUUUGGUUUUCAUCGUCCUGGAAACUGGUCGAGUAUCUAAGACAAAGGACGGACACGAAGUGCGAUCAUGUAAAGUGGCUGACAGGACCGGGAGUAUCACCAUAUCAGUGUGGGACGAGGUGGGCAGCUUGAUACAAACCGGUGACAUCAUCCAACUCAAUCGAGGAUAUGCAUCUCUGUUCAAAGGAUCUCUUACACUGUAUAUUGGGAGAACAGGGGACCUCCAGAAGAUCGGAGAGUUCUGUAUGAUAUUCUCAGAGGUGCCAAAUUUCAGUGAGCCCAACCCAGAGGUUCUGGCUAAAAUCAACCAAAUAAACAACACACACGUUAAAACAGAAGCUUAUGGCGGCACUCCUAGUAUACCGAAUCCCGGACCAGCUGUACCCACAGCCAACGGCUCUGCUGUGUUUUCUCCUUCUCCUGUCCCCCGAGAGACCUCCUUUGGUAAAGGUGGGCGUCAUUUGAACCGCAACCAUUGGAAGAGUGGCACUGCUUCUUCAGUACCAAGUAGAGGUCAGGGCUCAAAACACAGUGCCACCAUAACUAAUGGACGGGAUCCUCGCAGAGCACUGAAGAGAUGAGAACAAGAAAAUGUUUUGGUAUCUGAAACGAUUUUGAAUUUAUUUUUAAAUGCUUUUUUUUCAGUCAAUUGAGUUAGUUAUUUGAUUUACUUAUUUUGCAGAAAAAAGUUGUGUACAAAUAAAUUUGCUUAUCAUG